AUGCUAGUCGCACGUAUACUUGCACUCUUCGGCGUUGCUCUCGUGUCGGUAUCCUGCAGCCCAGCUGUACAGCCGAUCAAGAGGGACGAGCCUUCAUCUUCCAACAGUACCGAAAUUGACCAGACAAUCUGUGGUAAAAUCAUCGAUGCAGGAAACAACGGGGAUUUUCUGUUCUACGCCUCAGACGCAUACGAGUGCCUUCGGAGUGUGCCAUUCAACGGCGCAGUCGCCCUGCGUUUCAUUGACUAUUACAACACGACUCUGCAAUUUCAGAGCACGGUCUCCUACUUGAAAGAUCCCCCCAAGGGCUACCGUCAGCCGCCUACCGACGUCGCAGUAGAACUGGAGAGAAUCCGCAACGCUGUCAGAUCCGGUCACUACACAAGCCAGCUCGUUUUUGAGACGGACAUCCAGAAGGUCGUGCACUCAAUGCAUGACUUUCAUGUUAACCUGUUUGCGGGAAUUCUUUCAGUCUUCUCUUUUGGGAGCCCUUAUUAUAUAUCAUCGGCUUCGAUGGAUGGCAAACAAGCCCCGCAGGUUUACCUCACAGCAAUCAAUGGGGAAGAGACGGCCAGAUUCUUGACGGACUUUGCGGCCUUAAACUCCUUCGGCCUUGUGGAGCCACACGCAGACUGGAACUCGUUGAUGAGCCGGCCACCCCAGGAUAUCCUUGGUGAGAUGAACACGUUCUCAACCUCCGCGUUAUUCUACCCGGGAGAAGACCUGACGUUCACUUUGGAGAAUGGCACCGCGCUUUCCACUCCCUGGGUGGCAUUCUACAACGAUCAAGGCUGCACUGGGCCCCUUAGUACGCCUGGUGACUUUUACAACUUCUUCGUGCUUGGCUUACUCCCGGCAUCAUACGACAAUUCCAAUUGCACAAAAGUUCAGGCUAGCAUUGAGUCUGAUUCAGAUUACCUGCGUUCAUGGUCAAGCAAUAGCUACGACGCCUAUCCGACCCACGCCGAUAUUGUGCAAGCAAAUCUGUCUAUCGACCAUGGCGGUGUUGUCACCGGUUACUUCCUCCAUGAUAUUUCCGUCGCCGUCCUCAGCAUACCAUCAUUCUAUCAGUUCAGUGACGACUCCCAGAACUUCGCCAGAGCCGUGCAAUCCUUCAUCGAUGGAGCAAGUGCAGCCGCUAUGUCGCGGGUGAUCAUUGACCUCCAGCAAAACUCGGGCGGUGCCAUCUUCCUGGCGAUAGACACUUUCAAACGUUUUUUCCCCAAUAUCGAACCUUUCGCUGGUAGUAGAAGACGAAGCCAUCCGCUUGCAGAUGAGUUGGGUGAAGUAUCUACAAAUUGGUGGGGGACUCUCGAUCGGAAUGACCCCGCGACCGAAAUUUAUCUUCAGCAUGCGCGGGAUGAAUGGGUGAUUACGAAUCGGCUGAACGCAGAAACAGACAAGACAUUUAGUUCUUGGUCUGAGUAUUACGGCCCACGGUCAUUCAAUGGUGAUGCAUUUUCUGAAAUCGAGCGAUACAACCUCUCGGAUUACAGCUUCGAUUUGUCCGCCUUUGGUGACGUACCGUAUAGUUACAAUAGCAGCGACAAACCCCCAAGCUCUGGAGAAUGGCUGCCCGAGGACAUCGUCAUUCUUACCGACGGCCUUUGUUCAUCUGCAUGUUCUCUGUUUGUGGAGAUGAUGAAGACGCAAGCCGGCGUGCAUACAAUUGUGAUGGGCGGCCGCCCCGAAGUCGGCCCCAUGCAGUACGCCAGCGGUAGUCGCGGGGCCAGAGACUACUCUACGUACGAACUGGGCAAAGAUUUCGAAUUCGCCAGUUCAAAGACGGACAAUACUACAACCAUCCUCCCACAGGCUUGGGAUUCCGGAAUGUUUAUCCUUUACGCCGGCUUCAACCUUCGAGAUCAGAUCCGGGAAAAUGGAACAGUCCCCUUGCAGUUCCUCUACGAACCUGCAAACUGCCGACUCUAUUACACGGUGGACAACAUAUACAACAUGUCGCAGCUGUGGCAAGAUGUAGCAACAGCAGCUUGGAACGACAGCUCGAUGUGUGUGCAGGGAUCCGUGAAUCUUUCCUCCUCAGACUUCAACUUCACCGUCUCUGCACAAUCCAUCCUUGACGAACUCUCUAUCGAAAUGCCAAAUAUGGACCCAGAUGAUUUCGAUGCUACCCCAAGCCUAUCCAUCACUGACGCGAAGGCCAGGGACCUCACGCCCAAACUGCAGAAUUCGCCCUGCCAAAAGAACAUAGCCAAUCAGAGACGCUCGUUCUAUAGGAACUAUAAGAUCUAG